ACCCAUUAUACUAUACUAAGGCGCGUUUGUUUGAGAGAUUUGGGUAGAAUGUUAUAGGUCCUGAGUUCGAUUCUCAGCUCAUGUAAAAAAAAAACAAAAAUACCCAUUAUACUGUGUUGUCGCGGGAAUCAAAAUUGUUCCUAGGUGGGAGGGAUUCAACUAUCCUCAUCAUCAAUUUCUGUGAAUCUUUGUUUCUUCGUUACUUCAAACCAUACCAUGGAGGAACAAAUCUCAUUUAAGAAUCUUCAUAGCAGAGAGUAUUCCGGUCACAAGAAAAAGGUGCACUCAGUGGCUUGGAAUUGCACUGGCACAAAACUUGCUUCUGGUUCUGUUGAUCAAACUGCUCGAAUCUGGCAUAUUGAGCCACAUGGCCAUGGUAAGGUUAAAGAUAUUGAGUUGAAGGGUCACACUGAUAGUGUGGAUCAGCUAUGCUGGGACCCCAAACAUGCCGAUCUUAUUGCAACUGCAUCGGGUGACAAGACUGUUCGUCUGUGGGAUGCUCGAAGUGGAAAAUGCUCACAACAGGCAGAACUUAGUGGGGAGAAUAUCAACAUCACCUACAAACCUGAUGGUACUCAUGUAGCUGUUGGUAAUAGGGAUGAUGAAUUAACGAUACUGGAUGUUCGGAAAUUCAAACCAAUUCAUAGACGCAAGUUCAACUAUGAGGUAAAUGAGAUUGCUUGGAACAUGACUGGUGAAAUGUUCUUUCUAACAACUGGAAAUGGCACUGUGGAAGUAUUGUCUUAUCCAUCUCUUCGACCACUUGAUACCCUCAUGGCUCAUACAGCUGGUUGUUAUUGCAUUGCCAUUGACCCAACAGGAAGACAUUUCGCUGUUGGAAGUGCUGAUUCCCUUGUCAGCUUGUGGGUUAUCUCGGAGAUGCUCUGUGUGCGUACCUUUACAAAGCUCGAAUGGCCUGUCCGGACAAUUAGUUUCAAUCAUACUGGGGACUUGAUUGCUUCAGCAAGUGAAGACUUGUUCAUUGACAUUUCAAAUGUUCAUACGGGAAAAACAGUACAUCAGAUUCCUUGUAGGGCUGCCAUGAAUAGUGUGGAGUGGAAUCCUAAAUACAAUGUACUUGCAUAUGCUGGAGAUGACAAAAACAAGUAUCAGGCUGACGAAGGUGUUUUUCGAAUUUUUGGAUUUGAAAAUGCUUAAAAUUUGGCUUGGUAGUUAAGAAUGCUGAAUGAAGGACAAAUGAAUUCAAGGAAAACAGCUAAGAUGUCUGAAUAUUGCUAGUUGCAGGGACUGUGAACUAUCUGCUGAGAAUGAUGUUCACAGAAAAUAUAAAAUUGGAUGAUGUAGCAAAUUUGUUUUGUUUUUAAGAUUUUGGAUAAAUUACACUUGGUCUAUUUUAGCAUCGAUUGUCACAUCUUUUCAAGAAAAGAAAAGGUUAUUUUUGUGUCAGGUAA